GUAGGGGGCAGCAGCAGCACUUAAACACUGUCGUUGGCGCUUUAACUAAAGAAGGAGAAGAAGAACCCUUUCCUGGUCCGGUCAAAAUAAAUACAGAGAAAUGGCUACUUUAGACGAAAUAAAGCGUCUUGAAUAUUUAUCUUUGGUGUCAAAGGUGUGCACGGAGUUGGAGAAUCAUCUAGGAAUAAGCGAAAAAGAUCUGGCUGAAUUUAUCAUCAGCCUGGCCGAAAAACACCCAACAUUUGAGGAUUUCAAAGCAGCUCUGUUAAAAAAUGGAGCAGAUUUUACAGACACCUUUGUUGGUAACUUACAUAGACUUAUUCAAACCAUGCGAGCCCCACCAUCUACAAGUAAAGCUCAUCAGCCAACACGUGAGGACAAGCUGAAAGAGAAAUUUCCUGCCUUAUGUAAACCAGAUGAUCCUGUGUGGAUGUUUCAACCACGCCACACAGAUAAAGAUGAUCAGCAGGUUGCAGCAGCAGCCAUGAAGGAGCUGGAGAUGCUCAUGCCUAACUUCUGUGGAACAAGCUCCGAUAAUGGAAAUUUGCCCAGUGACAGAAGUCGAGACACAGACAGGCAGACUGGAUGUCAGCAAAUUCGCCCUCGCUCAAGAUCAAGAGAUCGGGAAGGAGAAACAAACCCUAAGCCCAAAAGGAAACGAGUGUCUCGCUGGAGUGACCAUCCACCCAGCCCUCGCAGAGACGAUGACAACAACAACAACAACAGCAGCAGCAACAACAAGAAGGAUAACAGAGACUCUAACUGUUUGCGUGAUAGACUUGUGGAUCGCCCUCCGCCAGAGGAGCCUGUUGUGGGCGACAUCUACAAUGGCAAAAUCAGCAGUAUUAUGCAAUUUGGAUGUUUUGUGCAGCUAGAGGGCCUCAGGAAACGCUGGGAAGGCCUGGUGCACAUCUCAGAACUGCGCAAAGAAGGACGUAUAGCCAAUGUGGCUGACGUGGUCACCAAAGGCCAAAAGGUGAAGGUCAAAGUGCUGUCAUUCACUGGAACCAAAGCCAGCCUCAGCAUGAAGGAUGUCAACCAAGAGACGGGGGAGGACCUGAACCCCAACCGGAGAAGAAACCUGGACACUGCAGUCGGAGACGAGGCCAUGAGGAACCCCGACCGCCCUGUUGAAGCCAGCAUUGUGGAACUGGAGGAAAACCCAACCGAACGCAAACGGCUUUCCAAGAUAACUGACCUUGAAAAAUGGGAAAUUAAACAGAUGAUUGCAGCCAACGUACUUCCUAAAGAAGAAUUCCCAGAAUUUGACGAGGAGACGGGAAUCCUUCCUAAAAUAGAUGAUGAUGAAGAUGUAGAAUUAGAGAUUGAUCUAGUGGAAGAGGAACCACCAUUCCUGAGGGGACAGACUAAAUGGAGCACGACCAUGAGCCCAGUCAAAAUAGUAAAGAAUCCAGACGGCUCCCUCUCCCAAGCAGCCAUGAUGCAGAGCGCUCUUGCGAAGGAGAGGAGAGAGCUGAAGCAGGCGGCUCGCGCGGCAGAGUUGGACGCCAUCCCUACGGGUCUCCACAAGAACUGGAUAGACCCCAUGCCUGAUUAUGAAGGAAGGCAGAUUGCUGCCAACAUGAGAGGCAUCGGCGCUAUGCCUGUCGAUCUUCCAGAGUGGAAAAGACAAGCCUUCGGAGGGAACCAGGUGUCAUAUGGCAAGAAGACCGAACUGUCUAUCCUGCAGCAGAGAGAGAGUCUGCCUAUUUACAAGCUUAAGGCAGAGCUUGUUCAGGCUGUCCACGAUAAUCAGAUCUUGAUCGUAGUUGGAGAGACGGGGUCUGGUAAGACCACGCAGAUCACUCAGUACCUGGCGGAGGCAGGCUACACCUCCCGGGGGAAGAUUGGCUGUACGCAGCCCCGUCGUGUAGCCGCCAUGUCAGUGGCCAAGAGAGUCUCCGAGGAGUAUGGUUGCUGUCUAGGCCAAGAAGUGGGUUACACGAUUCGUUUUGAGGACUGCACCAGUACUGAGACAGUAAUCAAGUACAUGACCCAUGGUAUGCUGCAAAGGGAGUGUCUGCUGGACCCAGACAUGAGUCAGUAUUCCCUCAUUAUGCUCGACGAGGCCCACGAGAGAACAAUCCACACCGACGUGCUCUUUGGCCUUCUCAAGAAGACGAUACAGAAACGCAAAGACAUGAAACUUAUCGUGUCCUCUGCUACACUGGACGCCGUGAAGUUCUCCCAGUAUUUUUACGAAGCGCCCAUCUUCACCAUCCCAGGAAGGACUUUCCCAGUGGAGGUUCUCUACACCAAAGAACCUGAGACAGACUACAUGGAUGCCGGUCUCAUUACUGUUAUGCAGAUCCAUCUAACCGAGCCCCCAGGUGACGUCCUGGUGUUUCUGACUGGACAGGAAGAGAUCGACACCGCCUGUGAGAUCUUGUACGAGAGAAUGAAGUCACUGGGGCCGAACGUUCCCGAGCUGAUUAUUCUUCCAGUUUACUCCGCGCUGCCCAGUGAGAUGCAGACAAGAAUCUUUGACCCUGCACCCCUAGGCAGCAGAAAGGUCAUCAUUGCCACAAACAUUGCUGAGACGUCUCUCACUAUUGAUGGAAUCUACUACGUGGUGGACCCUGGCUUUGUUAAACAGAUUGUGUAUAAUUCCAAGUCGGGCAUCGACCAGCUUGUGGUGACUCCAAUAUCACAGGCCCAGGCCAAGCAGAGGUCGGGUCGAGCCGGCAGAACGGGCCCAGGGAAGUGUUACAGGCUCUACACCGAGAGAGCCUACCGAGACGAGAUGCUGACCACCAACGUCCCUGAGAUCCAGAGAACCAACUUGGCCAGCACUGUGCUGUCUCUGAAGGACAAACAGGCCCAGGCCAUGGGCAGAAAUGACCUCCUGGUUUUCCUUCAUGGACCCUCCACCCAUGCUGGACUGCUUGUGUACCACGAGUUGGUGCUGACCACCAAGGAGUACAUGCGGGAGGUGACCACCAUCGACCCUCGCUGGCUGGUGGAGUUUGCGCCGGCUUUCUACAGAGUUGCCGAUCCCACGCGCCUCAGCAGGCAGAAGAGACAACAGAAACUGGAAUUCAAUCCUUCCAUUUUCAGGACAAACAGCCUGGAGAAUCUGACCAGUUUAAAAGACAAAGAUCUCCUGUGCUUCACGCUUUUAUACCAGGCGAACAAACGUCGUUGGGCAUACUGA